AUGUCCAAAGGCGAGAAAAUUGUAGUCGAAAGAGUUAUACAACGCAAAGGUUGUUAUGUCACGUGUGAGUUGGUGGAGAAAUUUAUCAACGAGUACUUAGAUGAUCGAGACCAGGUCCAGAUCUCAGUGCGCAUCGAUGUUCUGGACCGCACAUAUCAAAAUUUCUUGGAGGCUCAGGCCGAAAUAGAGAAAAAUGAAAAACAAGAAUCGUUGGACGCCCGCUUCAUGGAACGUAUAGAUUUCGAAGAACGAUAUUGUGUUGCCAAAGGGUUUCUUCUGUCGAAACGUUCUGUUGAUGCUCAUGAGUUAGCACUCAACAGUUCUGCAAAUUCCAAUACCGUACCACCUGCUACAAACCAUCACUUACGUCUACCGAAGAUUGAUCUCCCAAAAUUUAAUGGUGACUUUUCCCGUUGGAUGACCUACCGAGACACGUUCCAAUCGAUGAUACACGUUAAUGCUGAGAUUCCCGCAGUUGUGAAGCUCCAGUACUUACUGCAAUCAUUAGAAGGAGAAGCUAAAAAGCCAUUCGAGAGCACUGAUGUUAUAGCCGAUAACUAUGGUAUAGCUUGGGAGACGCUCCUGAGAAGAUACGACAAUCGCAGAUUGUUAAAGCGCCAACUGUUUCGCGCUUUGUACGAUCUUCCCUCCUUCCAUUCGGAGUCUGCACAAGACCUGCAUACAUUGGCUGAUGACUUCCAUCGACAUGUCAAGGCACUUGCUAAGCUAGGCGAACCCGUUAAUCAGUGGGACACUCCACUCACUAGCAUUUUGUCCUACAAACUGGAUUCCACAACCCUGCAGUGUUUUGAAGAGAAAAUGUGCAAUAAAGAAAAGGUGACUUAUGAAGAGCUCGUAGAAUUCUUAUACCAACGAGUCCGAAUUUUGGAAUCUGUCGCUUUAGAUAUGCACCACCGUAUUCAGUCCUGUUCAACGGGGGCUGGCAAACUGCAAAUUUCAAAAAUGGCUUCAAAUGCUGCUGUUUCCAUCCAACCAGCUCUUGUAAGUGGUCAAGACACGCAGAAUAAUGAUGUAGGAUGUGUCGUCUGCUCCGAACGACAUUCUAUCUACCAAUGCUCAGCGUUUUAUCAAAUGCCCGUUGCUCAGCGUUGCGAAUUGGUGUCCACACGAAGACUAUGCUGGAACUGUCUGUCUCCGGGACAUAUAAGCAGAAGGUGUAAUUCCAAGUUUUCUUGUCGCCAUUGUAACGAAAGGCACCACUCACUGCUCCAUACUUCCGAUACCGACCUCGUUGCUUCUGUUGAAGGAUCAUCUGAGAUACACCCUCAACCAUCCACAUCCUCUGGACUGAGCAGCGUGGAUCCCCGCAGAAACGGUUGCAUUUUCCUAGAAACUGUUACCCUUCACGUUGUUGAUCAUUUCGGAAAGGUACAUAUCGCACGGGCUCUGCUGGACUCAGGAUCAACAUCGAACUUUAUGUCCUACAGCCUAGCAGACCGACUGGGACCAAGCUCCCCUAUAGAAAUUGCUGUUGCAGGAGUUGGGCAUGUAAUUAAUAUCAACCGACAGCUUACCGCAACAAUAAAAGCCGUUUCACUGCCGUUCUCCACGACACUCAAUUUUAUGCUUGUUGCACAACCAAGUUUGAAGUUGCCCAGCGUUCCGGUAGACGUCGCAGCAUGGAAGAUUCCAGAAGUAACAUUAGCAGACCCGCAAUUCCAUACACCUGGUGGAAUCGAUCUCAUAAUUGGUGGUGAACUAUACCAGAGUUUGCACACAGGACGGAGACUGUCCUUAGGAGACGGUCUUCCAAUGCUCGUCGAAACUUUGCUUGGAUGGACUGUUUCUGGAGGAAUGAACAACGCAGUCGCUGAAAAUAAUCCAGUAUGUUUAGUAUCUGCGACGAACACUUCUAUGCAAAUAUCUCUCCAGGAAUAUGAUACGAUUGCUAACACCGAUACUGCUCGUACUGUCGUACCACUAUUCGUUCCGUUAUGCUCCACCACCACUGCUUACGUUCCGCCUCUUUCGUGUCAUCCACAUACCGUUAGGUCGAAGGUUAAAGAGUAUCGAAUACCACACAGUGUCCUUUGCAACCACGAAAUGCUUUUCAAUCGUCCUCACCGAGAAAAUGUCAUAACCUACUAUUCACCAAUGGAAUCGCCUCCAAGUCGUCGAUACAACAAUUUCUCUGAAAGCACCCUCCAACACCCCAUGUAG